CGAGAAUCUGCUCGAGUUCACGGGAUUCAUUCAGUUGCUUGGCGAAUGUGAAACCUUCAAGUACUCCCCACUCAUGGACCACGACAUCCCGGGGUGUUCCUAAUCCCCGGUUGGCACAGGACAACGGGUUGAGUGUUCCAAGGCGAUUAUGCUUGAGAUCGGGUCCAAGUUCAAGUCCUGGUUCCUGGCAUUGUUUAUCAUUGCCAUCGUGUUGAGCAACUUGUUUAGUGUGAUUGCCAUCUUCCGACGUCGACCCAAAAUCACUCGGAUGUACUUCUUCCUUCUCCACUUGUCUUUGGCCGACAUGCUCAACGCUUUUCUGACCCUCCUCCCAGAAUUCGUUCGGAGUCUCGCUCUAGACACCAACCUCGGGGAUGUGGGCUGUAAAGUGAUCAAGUACUUGCAAAUGUUUGCUCCUUACUUAAGCUCGUAUAUCCUGGUGAUGACGGCGGUGGAUCGUUACCAAACGAUUUGUUUUCCUCUGGAGAACCGAUUCUGGAUCCCACGCGAUUCAUUCAAGAAGAUCGCCGGAGCUUGGUUUCUCUCGGGUGUGCUUUGCAUUCCUCAAAUCUUCAUCCACGCUUCCAAACUCGAAGGCGGUGUGCUCCAAUGCAAAUCCUUUCUGCGAGAUCGCCCCAAUGCCUGGGUAUCCGAGAUCUAUGUCACGUGGUUUGCUGUCACAAGCUUCUUCAUCCCCGUCAUGGCUUUGAGCUUCUUUUAUGUGCGGAUUUGCGGGGCCAUUCGCCAAAAUCUCAACUCGAAACAAAAAGUCAAUUUGAUCACGCUAACGACAGCCUCAAUCGAGAUGGUGACCAAACCUCGGCCUUGGUAUCGCACCUCAUUUCGGAGGACCAGUCCCGUGUUCUCCGAGACCGACAACAUGAGUCGGAAGAAAUUUGCAUCUUGCAGUGAUCUGCGUCCAAGAACUCAUUCCGUGGAAGGGAUUACUCGAGCCAAAAUCAAGUCCGUCAAGCAGACCAUUAUCAUUAUCCUGGGCUACAUUCUGUGCAGCAGUCCGGGGGUGAUCUAUCAGCUUGGUGUGGUUUGGCUCAAAGACAACCACACUUUGGCUCGAAGUACGGAGUGGUUCUUUUGGCUCAUGUCGUUUAACAGUCUUCUCAACCCGUGGUUGUACAUUGCUCUCAACCGGGAUUUACAAGUGGCAAUCAAGAAUUUCCUUUUGUGUCAAGAUCCUCCAAGUCUAUGGAUUAGUCACUCGCACACGCGCUCUUGGCAAAAUGUCCAUGACUUUUACUCGCCAUCUGGGAAAAUCCGUCCCCGUUCAAAUACAACCGAUGUCGAUGCCUUGUCUGAAAGGCCUCAGUUGGGUUGUUCUUUCCGAGUACAUUGGAGUCCUUCCUUGUCUUCGACCACGACGAGCAACCUGAAAAUGAUGCGUAUCGAGUCUUUACAAAGGAGGGUCACUAAAGAGGCAAUUACCAAUGAUUCGGAUCAACCUCAGGGACUCGAGCCAUCCACGAAUGAACACAUCAUGAGAAGCUUAUCCUCGUAUUCCUCCUCGUCUAAAAGCUAGCUUGUCGUGGUAACGAGUUUAGUUUGAGAUUGUCAAGUCCAAUAGUAAUGUGAAAGAACCACAUUGAUAGGUGGCCAAAUCUUUGGGACCUCAAAAUUAACGUUUAUGUGAGUGUCUGAAUUGUUGUCAAAACGCUUUUGAUAGAUCCAUUAGGCUCGUCUUAUGCUCUUCAUAAGUUGUGUAACGUUUUGAUAUAUUACAGUACAGUACUCUCUCGUGAUUUGCCAUGUGAUCCUUUGGUGAAGAAAUACCCGACUCGAUCUGAUAGAACGGUCAAUUAUGAGCCAAUUCUAACCAUACACUUUAUCUUGCCGCAAUAAUCGUCAGAAAUCUCUGAAAUCUGAUAUGCCGAGGGGCAUUAAGCAUUACCCAGAACUCAGAUAUUUACUGUGUGUAUAUGCCAAUUUGUCAUAUGCAGCAUUUGCGUUGCUUGUACUCCCAAAAAACAUAUUCAAAAAUGGUUGUUAAACCGUAACGUUGUCCAGGUUUCUUUUACCCGAAAUAAUCAAUCAAUAUCCAUAUUUCCGUCGUAAUAACCUCAGAUCUCCUUACCAUACCUUUCUUAAUCCCAUUACGUAGUAAACAAGGGAAUCAGGCAACUGGAAGAAAAUAAGUUUGUCCAACUAUCAGCUAUUCAUCAUUCAGAGUGCUUUCUCUUCUAUGUAAAGCAAACACGAUAUCAUGGUGUACCCUUGCAAAUCAAAACAUCAGUUUCUACCUCUAUCCUGACACAUACGCUAUUAUGUAGCCCACUUAUUUUCUUAAUUUUGUCUCCAUAUGAGCCGGUGUCUAUUUUUAUUACCGUUAUAUGUACGUAUUCUAAGGAUAGUAUAAAUAUCCAAAUUUUGCCAUAUGCUUGAAAUAUAUAUACCCUAUAUAUGCACAUA